UUUUUUUUUUUUUUUUGCUUGCUGAUUUUCUUAGUGCUUUCUCUCAGAAGAGAACUCAAGACGCUUUCUGAACCACCACGAAAUUUAGACAUGGCUAACCUGAUUGAACGGUGCUACGGGAUGCGAGGUGGUAAGAUUGAUGCCAUCCGGGAGAUGUCGACACAACCGCAAGGGCAAGAUGACUUCGGAAGGCUCGCUCACUUCAUUGGCCGCAUCAGCGCAACACGUUCUGCGGCGAAUUCUAUUGUGAAAACAACAGGUCAAGUUCCUGAUUUACGCUGUAUAUCAGGCACCCGCUUUGUCGAUGCUCCUGGUGUUGUUACUAUUGGCCUGGACCUAACAGACAUGUCUCCGUACGAAAUUGUGCGGGGGGUAUGCAAGGAUUCUUCAGCCCAAAAUGAAAGGACCACACAGUCGGUUCUUCACGCCAUUGUUAAUCUAGAUAUUCCUACCAAUAGAAACGGUGACGACAGCAUACGGGCCAGACUUGCCAAUCGAAUGACUUUAGAGACGAGGGUUCAUGCUGAGCUUCAGAUCGCCGAUCACUUCAGUCGGCGCGGAUAUGAGUUCGUCGGCAGAGACAAAUACAUUGGAUGUAGCAAACCGGCUUGCUAUUUCUGCUACAACUGGCUCGGAUACCACAAACAUAACUAUGUCCAACCCGCAACCCACCAGAAAAUUAUCCCGAUGUGCCGCGGGCCAGACACCGAUAUCAAUGAGUCUGGCGCAACCAUUUUAAAGCAAAUGUACGCCAAAAUGACCCAAGGUGUCAGCCAAGAUAUUAUUGAGUUCCUUCUCAAGGUUUCUGGCAAUGAACCCUCAGAGCGAAGAGAUUAUUUCCAGUCGACAGAGGGGACUAGUUAUCCACCAAGCAUAAUAGGUAGCCAGGUCAGAUAGAUUUUGAACGAUCUCCCUCUCCUGAAUGGUUUCAGUCAUUCUUUCCAAACUAGUGUAAAUCCGAGUGGAAUAAUACGCAACAAUACGGCAAGCCGGCAGUUGGAGGGUUUAUGAUCGCCUAAUUCGACGCAAUGGCUUUACUUAUACCACCACCCAAACAUAAGGAACGAGCGAGCACCUUACUCCCAGAAGUUAGUAAGGCGGAAGAAGUUUGUCAUUGUGCAUACCGUCCGAAGAUAGGUUUCCUUACCUUCCACCUACAGUCUGUAACUGGACCCUAAAUAUAACUAGUAAAUAAUUCAACAAGCGCAAUCCGUCUAUUUCCUCGUAACUAAUGCCGCGGACCUUGACACAAGUGACCUACUACCUAUGUCGAGCACAUCACGUAGCAUACCAAAGCAACAC